GUUUUGUGUAUCAACGUGUUGACAAUUAAAGGUUAGAAUUGAUAAGUGACAUUUCUAACAAGUGACAUUGUUGGUGUUAUUACUGUUAAAUAAUUGGUGAAAAAUGGAUAAAGAAAAUAAGGAAAAUGGUAUUUCGCCAACAAAGAAGAGAAAACUUUCCACAGGUGUUGAUUGUAUUAAAGAAAAAGGAGAUUUGACACAAUAUUUCGAGAAGGGCGAUCACAGUGUCAAUUUGCUUUAUCAGUCAGAAGUGCCUCAGAUUUGUAAAGAUGAACCCUGUUUAUUGGGAGUUGACGAAGCCGGACGUGGACCAGUUUUGGGACCAAUGGUUUAUGGUGUCGCUUAUGCACCAUUAUCAAAAAAGCAACUUCUCAUCGAUCUCGGAUGUGCCGAUUCAAAAUCGUUAACCGAAGAAAAGAGAGAUGCAAUUUUCGAUAAAAUUUGCUUGAAAAGCGAAGAAAUGGGUUGGGCUGUCGAUGCAAUUUCACCAAAUUACAUAUCAAAUAACAUGUAUCGACGAACAAAAACAUCAUUAAAUGAAGUCUCAAUGUGUUCGGCAGCAAAUUUAAUUAAAUUGGCAAUACAAGCUGGCGUUAAUCUUGCCGAAGUGUACGUUGACACCGUUGGAAAACCAGAAAAAUAUCAAGCGAGAUUGCAACAAAUUUUUCCCGACUUGAAAAUAGUUGUUGAGAAAAAGGCUGAUUCGACAUUUCCAAUUGUCAGUGCUGCCAGUAUUUGUGCAAAAGUUUCCCGUGAUCAUGCCCUACGUGCCUGGCAAUUUCGAGAGGCAGAAUUUUCAUCUGAUUAUGGUAGUGGAUAUCCAAAUGAUCCAGCGACAAAAAAAUGGUUAACGGAAAAUAUUGAUCAAACUUUUGGAUUUCCAAUGUUGGUCAGAUUUAGUUGGUCGACGGCUGAAACAAUUCUUGAAUCGAAGGCAUUGACGGUGGAAUGGGAGGAGGAGGAAGACGACGCGUGUCCAACGAAUAAGAAAAUUUCUAAUUAUUUUACUAGAACGCCAAAGAAAGAAAAGAAGAAAGAGAAACACAAUUUUUUUAAGACACGAUUUCUCUCUAAUGCAAUUGAUUUAUGAUUUAUUAUAUUUACUCACCAUUAAUUUGAUAUUAAAUUGACGAUUUUUUUCUAUCAUGAAUUUUAAUAAAUUUUUAAAGUGAUACAUUUUUUUUUAAUUAUAUUAUUCUAUGUACAUAUUUACAUUUAUUUUAUUUUUCUUUUCCGUACUUUGUAAAUAUGACGAAAGUAAUAAAAACCGUAAUUUUGAAA